ACCUUAGUGCCAGCCUGGCAAACUUACUGGACCUGGGAUUGGAAAGCUAGGCUCCAAGUGCUUAGGGCCCUGCAGUUCCUUAGCGCCACCACAGAGGUCUUGCCCGCCAAAUCCGGAACCCGGAGGCUUGAGCAGUUGAGAAGUCAAGGUGACAUCUGUGUGUCUCUCCUGCCUGAAGACCCAGGACCAACAUGGAAACAAAUCUCUCCUUUGAGGUGAUAAAGUCUCACCCAGACUUGGUCAUCCAUGUAAAAGAAGUGACUCUUGGGGAAGAAAACCGAAAGAAAAUGGACUCAAGGAAGAGAAAGCUGGAGAAGACAAACAUUACAAAGGCUGCCUGUGCUCUGUUAAACUCUGGAGGAGGAGUGAUUGAGAUACAAAUGGCCAACAACAGUGAUUAUCCUGUGGAGAUGGGACUGGACUUGGAAAAGUCUUUGAUUGAGCUUAUCCAGUCUUCUGAUUUGCAGAGUUUCUUUGAGACCCAACAACGAGGGAACCUUUUUUACAUUUUUGUUAAAUCUUGGAGCUGUGGCCCUGAAGAUGGUUCUGCUAAGCCUCCCAUUUGCAGCCUAAAAUCUUUCUUGUACCGUAGAGCUGAAACUUCUUGCAUUCCCAUGGAUUCUAUAGAUGCAUUCACAUUUCUAAAGGAUAAGAAGGGUGUGAAACAUAGUCUGACUGAUGAAGGAAUUCCACCUGUUAAAACUCCCAGAGUUAUGCAUCAGAACAGCCCUAAAUCAAAUUCUCCUUCUAAAAUUUUCCAGAGUGAGAAACUUGAAUAUGGUCAAAUCUUGCCUUUUCCUGAAUCUACUUAUAUAGAGUUUAAACAAUUCUCUACAAAUUACGCCCCAGACUAUAUAAAAAAUAAAAUUCCAAAGUACAUCUCUGCAUUUGCAAAUACCUGUGGAGGCUACCUUUUCAUUGGAGUGGAUAAUGAGACUAAGGAGGUCCAGGGAUGCCCAAAAAACAAUGUUGACCGUAACUCUUUGGAAAGAGUGGUAAAUGAAGUAAUAUCCAAGUUGCCAGUUUUCCAUUUUUGUUCAUCUAAAAAAAAUGUGUCUCACCAGACCAGAGUCAUAGAUGUGUUUGAAAAGGGGAAUUUGCAUGGUUAUCUCUGUGCGAUCAAAGUGGAGCCUUUCUGCUGUGUGGUGUUCUCAAAAGCUCCCACUUCAUGGAGGGUAGAUAAGGAGAAAGGCAUUAACAGACUGACUACUGAGGAAUGGGUGAACAAGUUGGUGAAUGCUGGUCCAGAGGCAGCUGCCAAUCAGUCAUCUUCCCUCCGUAACCUGUGUGAAGACUUUGAGUCUCAGCUGAGUCUCUCCAACAGCCCUCCAUGCUGCAGACCAGUGUAUUCUAAGAAAGGAUUGGAGGAUAAAGCUGAUCUCCAAAAGCGUUUAUUUGCAGUGUUACCAGGACAUUUGACAUAUACUCCCAAAACCCUCUGGAGGGAGCUGUGCUCAGAGCAUGAAAGAUUGAAGAACUUAAUAAGCCAGGAAAUGGGUUCUGUCCCCUGUGGUUUGCUGAUUGUCUCUAGAAGCUGGGCUGUGGACCUGGACCUGGAAGAGAAGCAGGGAGUCAUCUGUGAUGCUCUGCUGAUUGCAGAGAAUAGCUCCCCAACCCUCUACACCAUUCUUGAGGAGCAGGAUGAGUGGGGAAAGGACUACUGUACCCACACUGCCUUUACUCUCAAGCAGAAGCUAGUGAACACUGGUGGCUACACUGGGCGGGUGUGUGUCAUGACCAAGGUUCUCUGCCUGAGUUCCAAGAGCAAUGUAGAGACCAGUAAGUGGUCAGCCUCUCCUUUAGAUUACCCAUGCUCUUAUAAGCUUGCCAACACCCAGGAAAUGGAAGCCUUGCUGCAGGCCCUUGUGAUUGUCUUGCUCAACUUCAGAUCUUUCUUGAGUGACCAGCUUGGCUGUGAAAUUUUGAAUCUUCUCACAGCCCAACAGUACGAGAUAUUCUCAAAAAAUCUCCGCAAAGCCAAGGAACUGUUUGUGCAUGGCUUGCCGGGGUCGGGGAAGACAAUCAUGGCCAUGAAGAUCAUGGAAAAGAUCAGAAACACAUUCCACUGUGAAACAGAUAGAAUUCUCUACAUCUGUGAAAAUCAGCGUUUGAGGGACUUUAUCGGGGGAAAAAACAUUUGCCAGGCAGUGACCCAGAAAACUUUCAUGAAAAAUAAAUUUGAGACAGACAGGAUCCAACACAUCAUUGUUGAUGAAGCUCAGAAUUUCCGCACUGAAAAUGGGAACUGGUAUAAUAAGGCAAGAUCCAUCACUCAGAGAGAGAAAAAUUCUACCAGAAUUCUCUGGAUCUUCCUAGACUAUUUUCAGACCAGCCACACACAACAGAGUGGCCUGCCAGAUUUUUCAUGCCAGUAUCCAAGGGAAGAGCUCACAAAAGUGGUACGCAAUGCAGACCAAAUAGCUGAGUUCUUAAAAAGUGAGUUACAGAAAAUCAGAGAUAACCCUCCACCCAAUAUCCCUCCCAAAUCUCUGGAUAUUCCCAAAGUAUUUACCUGUGCUCAAGGUGUAUUGGGCAUCUACAAGCACAAAAAAUUGAGCUGGAAAGACAUGGUGAUCUAUGUAGCAGAUAAAUGCAGUUUUUUACUGAAGAAUGGCUAUUCUCCCCAAGAUAUCGCUGUGCUUUUCAGCACAGAGGAGCAAAAGAAUAUACUUAAAGGUGAGUUCCUGAGAGAAAUGAGGAAGAAGAGAGUGUCUCAGAUGGAUGAUGUCACGUUUGACAGCAUCCGUCGAUUCUCAGGCCUAGAAAGAACCAUUGUGUUUGGUAUUAAUCCCCAUUCAGUUGAGACAGACAUUUCCCACAACCUAUUGCUCUGCUUGGCUUCCAGAGCAAGGAAACAUCUGUAUAUUCUGAGCUUUCCUAAUCAUUCUCCCCCUGUGGAUGAGGCUUAAUCUCUUGAAUAGGAUGCUUGAGGCCUAGCUUCAUUCACUGGCGAUAGGAAAACAAAACCUCAUCUAGGCCCUUCAGUACAAGAAGAAAGAUAAAGAUAGGACAAAAUUCUGUCCUGCAGUUUCAGAAAAUGCUGACAAAAAGAUUGCCAGUGGACACUGAAAGCUGCUGUGCAUCUCAGGCUGAAAACUAAGUUGAAGAAAAGAGUGGCAAAACAAUGUGCACAUGACACAUGCUCUGAAAAUAUUGAAACCACUGAGGAACCCACACCCUUGUCCCAACCCCUGCCUUGGCCAUUCUGCAGCCAUGACAGGCUGGAGAAAAGAGCCAAUAGGAUGUAGGCCCCUUUCCCAGCAAGAUGUGCCUUUGAGCCCCCAACCUUGGCCCUAGUUUUAGUAACAGAAAAACCCCACCGGAUAUUCCCAUAUGGUUAGAAGAAAUCAAUUAAAAGUUAUAACUAGCAGGUUCAUGAUAAAGAAGAAAUGUAGUAACCACAGCUUCCACUGAAAGAGGUAAUAGUUUUGCUGCAGCUGCAAGCUAACCAAGGACAGCACCUCUGGAUGGGAGGUGCAUCAAUCCUGAGUCUGUUCCUAUGUAGUCUGUAGACCCCAAACCUCCCACCUUGCUUUACCCCUAUAAAAACCCUGCCCCACUGUUACUCAGGGUCUCUCCUGCUCUGCUGCUCCAUAAGACAGAUGAAGAGGCCUGAGUUAACUUGCACCAAUAAAAACAAUCUUUGCUUUUGCAUUG